AUGCCGCCCAUCGAGAGAGACGUCUCGAUGGAGCCGAGAGGCGUUCUGCGCCAUAAACACUCAGAGUCUUCUGAUUACGGGAAAGCUCUGAUUAUACCAAUGUGGGACAGCUCCGAUCCCGAGAGGGCUCCUCCUCCCCUACCUCUCAACCCUCAGUCCCCUAGCAUCGGCUGCUCUAGGCCGGUGCGACACAGAGACUCCUUCUCGCAGUCCCCGGACAAGAUGAGCGAGAGACUUACGCCAGGCCCUGGGCCUAGCCUGACGCCCAUCGUGAGGCCGACGGCCAUCCGACGUCACCAGCACAGUAUCCUUGGCGAGAACACACCACCCCAAUCAGCCACGAUGUUGGCUCUCCAAAAUAUGCAGACGCCCUCCACGACGACGCAGAGCCCUACGCAACAGCACACUCCUACACAACCUAAGGAGGUCGAAACUCCCCUGUCUAACGUCACAAACAACUCGACAGCGGUAGCCAAAACCAAUCCUAUCAUUGACCCGGCAGCUCUUUCCAGCCAGAUGCUGACCUUGACCAAUAUUGCCACGUCUCUUCAGAAAGAGAUGUCUGCUCUCAGUCGCAGGAGCAGGGAUAACGCGACUGAUCUCAUGAGCCUGAAGCAGGCGACCAAUUCUCGGGACGAAGACAUUCGGAAAACCCUAAGGGAUUUGAUUGGGAAUUUCAAUGAUCCCACCAAGCCCUCCAUCAAGGACCCAUUCUACUCAGGUCUGCUAAUCGACAGCAAGCCCCAUCAAACCUCGUCCGCUGGAUCAUCCGCCCGUUCUAUGGGACGGCCAGUCUCUCUGCCUCGCAUUCCCUCCCCUAACAGCUUUGCGUCAUCCCUCGACCGAGAAUCCAACGGCACGCCUGGGUUUUCCGCCGCGGAUGCACCGGCCACGAUUGCACUUCUUGAAAAGAUCAUUCGAGAUAUGGGAACGCGCGAGGGCCAGGAUCAACUCAUCACGCGUCUGACCGAGGUUUCUGAGAAGCUGGCUGGCAUGGCUUCAGCGACCAAGGUUGAGGAGCUCAUGCAUCAUCUGAAGCAGUCCGAACAGACUGUCUUCAGGGGUGACGUUGUGAACGAGGAUAUCCUGAAAAUCAUUAGAAGCGUUAAGGACAGCGUUGCGCAAGGCGGUGGCCUCACUGCCGAGGUCAAGGCGCUCGUCCGGGAACUACGCGGCGAAGUCCUGGGAAUGGGUCGUGAGCUAAGACGCCGCCUUGAUGAGGUCGUCGUCAAGGAAGAGUCUAGUGCAGAACCUCAGCAGCAAAAGGAGGAAAUGUCACGAAUCAUUAACGAGGGCCUUGAUGAACUCAAGGAUCAUAUGGACGAACUUCUCAGGGAGCACCGUCGACAGUCCGGUUCCUCAACGACCUCCCACAGCACCGCUGUCGACUACCAGGAGAUUUACAAUGCCAUGAGAGCUGCUCUCAAGGACUCGCAAACCGGAAAGCCUCAGGAACAAGGCCCAACACGGGACGAUAUCAUUGACGCCGUCCGCGAGGCCUGGGAGAGCUACAAGCCCGAGAUUGAAGUCCAGCAAUUUGGGCUUGAGCGAGAUGAGAUCCUUGCAUGCCUCAAGGAGGGCCUCCAGAGCCACGUCCCCCGCGACGACCAGCCUGCCGGUGCCACGCGGGAGGAAGUUUUCCGCGCUGUCGUAGAAGGUCUCAAGCAUUUUGUUCCGCCUCAGAUGGAAACUCCGGCAAGCCUGUCUCGCGACGAGAUUCUUGAUGCUGUUAGGGAAUGUCUUGAGGAAUUUGAGUUCCCCAUUGCCCCCUCCGCCAUUGGGAAUGACAUCUCGCGCGAGGACAUGGUGCAAGCUGUCAAGGAGGGCCUGAACAACUUUGAGUUUCCUAAUAACUCGCAGGCUCUGACCCUUGCGCAGCCCAGCAGCGACUUUGUCAUGAGCAAACUUGGCGAAAUCAUCGAGCUUAUGAGGCGCGAGUUUCGCGCCGUUUCCGAGGAAGCAAAGGAGAACGUCGCGGCCAAUGGACGCGAUACCGAGCAGGUGCUGGACGCCACCAAGGAUGGGUUCGAAAAGCUCCGCAUGGAUAUGGAGACCUUUGUUGGCCGCGUAAGUGGCCUCGCGGGCAAGUCGGACGCGACAGAGGUUCUUCUCAAGAGGUUAGAGGCUCUACGGGACGAGGUCUCGCAUAUCUUGUCCUCUCAGAUUGAGGGACUGCGGGAUGCGGUCAACAUGACGCUUGUCCCCUUUACCUCUGCACAGAGAGACACUCAUUCCAAGGAGGCCCUCAACUCCAUCAAGGAUGGUGUCGAUAGGAUCCGCUCCGAACUUAAGCGACCCCUGCCUGGUACUGGAGAGGUUCUUGAUGCCAUCCACGAAGGUGUUUCCGAGCUUCACAUUCGCCUUGAGAAGCUCUCCAACAAGCCUCCUGACCUGACCGCCAACGACGAGAUCUUGAAUGCCCUCAAGAAUGGUCUCGCCAUGGUCCGGUCCGACAUUGACAGUAUCCGUGACGCCAACGACCGUGCUUUGACCGAGUUCAAUGCCAAUGCUCUGGUCCCAGCUGAUGACACCCUCAAACACGAUGACAUCAAAAAUCUCGAGGUCCUGAUUACCCAGCUGCGCAUCAAGGUUGAGGCAAUGGACGAAGCGCCAUCUGUAGAGCCUGCAUCCCGGGAUGACGUUGCUCGCAUGGAGCAGACAGUGGCUGCCAUCAAGGAAGCCGUUGACAGCCUACAGGUUGCCAAGGAAGAAGCGAGCAAGGGCCCCGACGAUGCACCCGAAACAACGCUCAAGGAGGAUGUCCAGGCUAUUGAGACCAUUCUUAGGAAUACCAAGGCCAAGUUGGAUGACCUCAUCGACGGUGAAACUUCUGUACGAAAGGAGCACAUUGACUCCCUCGAAACCCUUAUUCUGGAAACUCGGGAGACCCUUAGCUCUGUCUCCACGCAAAUGGAAAAUACCUCCCGCAAGGAGGACGUCACUAUGCUUGAGUCACUCAUUAGCCACGUUUCCGCGGCCUACGACGAGAUGAAGGAGCGCGCCGAUAAGGAACUCGAGAACCCUGAGAAGGUUACGCGCACCGAUAUUGAGGCGGUCGAGGCCGUCUGCAUGGACGUCAAGAACAUGGUGACUGAGAUGUCCAACUGCGGCCUGUCAUCCUUGCCUUCCAAGGAAGAGCUAUCCAUCAUGGUGAACGACAUCAAGGACCGCGUUGAUGCCCUUAGUGAAGCUCACACCAAGUCCAUGGAGGAGAACCACGCCGAGGUGGGCGAGGUCAGUGAGCGCGUCAACGAGAUCAAGACCUUCCUCACCGAAUUCCAAGACAUGACCAAGUCUCGAUUAGCGGAUGGCGUCGUAGGCGUAGAAACGGUUGGCAAGCUGCUCGAGAAGAUGGGCGAGACUAUUAACAACAACGCGACCGUCGGCGAUGACCUCCGCGAGAUGUUUGAGGUGAUGAAGAUCGAAUUCGAGGAAUCUCGCGCUGGUGUGGUUGGCGUCAAGCUCGAUGCCGACGAAAAGUUUGAGGCGACCACGGUAGCAUUGAGCUCCAAGAUUGAUGAGCGUGUGGACGAGCUCGUAGCCAAGUACGAAGAGUUCCAGGCUACCAUGGAGGAGCGUGCCAAGGCAGGCGAGACUAGGGACGAAGAGACGGAGGCUGCAGUCAUGGGGACUAAAGCCGUCGCCGAAGAACUAAAGCUCCUCAUUGAUACUCUCGGGUCGACUGUUACCGAGUCACUUGAGAAGAUGGAAGAGGCGUCCAAAACCGUCUUUAGCCGCGUCGAGGACCUUGUUACUCGCGCCGACGACAACCAUAGCGAUGAAAAGGCACAGCAUGAGCAGACCCGUGACCAAGUUCAGCAGGCCAUCGCUGCUGUUGAAGAGCUCCAGGGACCAGUCCAAGAGCUCCAACCCAAGCUUCUCGAGGCCAUGAGCGACGUCCUCGCUCUCGUUGGCCAGCACUACGAUUACGCCAAGACCGCGACAAGCACCAUCCAGGACAAGAUUGACGAAGCCAAGCCCGAACCUCUUAUGCUUCCCGACAUCCCCAAGUACGACGACGCAGACGUCCAGGAGAAGCUAGACAGGCUUAUCGAGGGCAAAUAUGAUGACUCUUCCCUCCGAGAGAAGCUCGAUCAGCUCAUGGAAAAGGAGUAUGAUGAUGGUGCCCUCCAUGAAAAGCUUGACAAGAUCAUGGACAAGGAGCACGACGACAGUGGUGUUCAUGAUAAGCUCGAUAAACUCAUGGACAAGGAGUACGACGACAGCGGCGUCCAUGAAAAACUGGACAAGCUGAUGGCCAAGGAGUAUGACGAUAGUGGCAUGCACGAGAAGCUCGAUAAAAUCAUGGACAAGGAAUACGACGAUAGUGGCGUGCAUGACAAGCUUGAUAAACUCAUGGACAAGGAGUACGAUGACAGCAAUGUCACCGAAAAGCUCGACAGGCUUAUUGCGGAGCGAUACGAUGAUAUCCUCGUGCAAGAAAAGCUUGACCGAAUCGUGGACCACACGCAGGCGGCAACCGAAGCGUAUGCUCAGCUCGAUACUCUAGACAAGAUCCACGGCGAGGUUAUCCGGACAGCUGCAGGCAUCUCACAAUUCUUGGCCUCUCAAACGCAGCGCAUUGCAGAUGAGCAUGAGGACCGCGAGAAGACCUACCAGGAGACCACCAUUGCCCUGGAGCGCAAGCUCACCGAAAAGGAGCAAGUGGAGGCAACCUUGGCCGAGCUCCGCGCCGAGGAACAGCGCCUGAAGCAAAGCACGAGGCUCACUGCGGAUGUGUCCUCGCUCGAGACCGCACUCCGGCUGCGCAAGGAUGAGCUCAAUGAGAUGGACGAGCGCGCCGAGGGCCUUGAACGCAGAAUCCUUGAGGGUGUCAUGAACCAUUCCCGGGUGUUACUCAUGUCUAAGCAAAGCAAGGCGAACGAUGCCAUGAGCCGCAAGCGUGUCCGAACCAAGGGCGACGGACCCGCUGGCACAGGCAAGUCGAGCUCAGACGUUGUCAAGUCCAACGUCCCAAUUGCCCUUACACCCAAGAGGAAUCUCAACUCCAGCAUGGGUGGAGGCGCAUCGAGGCGCAUCGUUUCCCUGAGUCAGAUCACAAACAACGUCCCCACUGGCGGCUUUAAGCGCAGUCAUAGCGUGAAGGCGCCCUCGGGCAAAUACGGAGAUCUCGACAAGGAGAAUGUCGUCGAGCCUGUCAGGGAGGGCGAAGAGGAGGAUGACGAGAUUGCCCCCACGGGGGCGAGCUUGUCCACUCUGGACGGUACCGACGAGGGGUUGGAUGAUGAGGGUGACGAGAGUGUAGAUGGCCAUGGUGAUGAUGACGACGAUGGCGAGGUGAGCGAUGCGGGCACUCUACGGAGGAGCAGUCGCGGGACGACGAUCACGUCGAGCACCAGGCAGUCUGGAGAGUACUCGGAUGAGGACUCGUAUGAUAGUGAUUACGACUCCCGUAGCGAGUGGACAGAGAGUGCUGUGGGCUCAACAAUCUCGGACGGGACCGUUGCAGGGAACGAGGUUGUGCUCAUGCAGUCAUGA